AUGGUGGGAGGCUAUAUAUUCUGGGCUUUUGACCACCAACAUUGCCACUCAAUUCAACAAGAUCACUUGCUUUUCAUUUUAGCAACCCAUUUUACUCACAAUCCAUUUCAGCACAUCACAAAUCUCAGUUCUCGAAUUCGGACAACAUCAAACGCUUUCAUCAUGAGUAACGAUAUUCCCAACGAUUGGUUCCUGGUAAAGUUGACAAGAUGGGAAAACGGGCAUGAAACCAGUUCGGCUCUCCUCCCUGUGAACAUUUCUGCCGGUAACACAUCGUCUGGCCUUAAAAAUGGGCUUGAGGCUAUUUACAAGCGCAUUUGGGAUUACUUUACUGUUAUCGAGAAAGACGGAAAUCCCUCCGACCGAAUGAAUCUUCCUCUGGGAGCCGCCCUUAGACAAAGUGAUGGUAUCGAAGGUUUGAGCGUCGACUGGCAAGGGAUUUCGGCUAGCGAUUGGCCAUCGCAGCGGACUCUUGUUACGGAGUUCAACCUUCCCGGAAUCCGGGGAAGGUUAUCGAAGAAUAACAAUGCAGUCAUCCACUGUGUUGUCAAAGACAGCAGACUAGACGGAAUUACCUGGUGCCCUCCAAAGAAUUAG